ACAGAAGUUUCGAAAGUAGUCAAUAGACCGACUAUGUUUACACUCUCGCGCGCUUAUCGUUUCAAAAGCGAUACGGGAUGUUAGUUCUCGAGGACUGCGCUUUGAUAAGGAUGUCCACUUAACUACAGUGGCUGAGUAGUUCUAUUGACAGAUGAUCGUAGUACAUCACUGGAUUACUAAUACGCUGUGCUGCGAUCAAAGGAGAAAUUGUUCUGCAGGUCUCAGUUUUAAAGUGUGUUUGAAAAAGUGACUGUUUAGAGAAGUGCUUCUAAUUAUGUGUUCGAAAAUCAGUUUGGAAUUCUAAUCGAUUUAAGGAAAUAUGUGACUACGACGAACUAUUCGAAAAAUAAAGGUCGAGUAAGGACAUUUAAGGCAGGUACCUAUCCAAGAUGCGUUCUUCAUCUCUGUACGGCAUGAUCUCUUUGUCUGGGAUGGUGUUUGGCGCUGAGAUCGUCGCCAGCCAUAUCACCCAGUCACUCGUCCUCCUCAUCAGUGCCUACCAUAUGCUGUACAACCUACUUUCUCUUCUUCUACUUGUUAUCAGUCACAGGAUGUCGAAAGGAAAAACUCUGAAGAAUACUUUUGGCUGGGCGCGAGUUAAAGUCCUAGGAUUGCUGGUCAACAUGCUCUUCUUGGUUGCUCUUUGCUUCGCCGCUUCUGUGGAAGCUGUGCAAACGAUGGUUCAUGCCUCCCACGAAGACACCGAACCACGAUAUCCCAUGCUAAUAGUCACUCUCGGAGUCAUCAACUUCACUCUCAAUAUCAUCUGUUUCAUACUCAUUGGAGGUUACACUCAUCAUCAAGGUUGUUCAAUGAUCAUCCGGGGAACAGAAGUGGAAGUGAACUGUGUCCUCGAAACCCCAGCUGAGAACACCAAUAUUUUUAAAAUUAAAACGACUCGUUGGUGUGGUGAUCAUCAAAUAUUGGAUAUCUCCCGAGAUAUUUCCUCAUGCUUGACUGUCAUUGCCUGCGGUAGUGUCAUCCUACUUCUUGAUGGACUCAUCCUCAAAUAUGCAGACGCUAUGUUAGCUCUUGCUUCGGUUAUCGUUCUUCUCUGCACAACAUAUCCUUUCAUUAGAGAAUCAGGAUUAAUUCUUCUGCAAAGCAUUCCUAACCAUAUUGAUGUGGAAGGACUGACGAAUAGGCUACUAAGCGAGUUCCCUGAUGUGCUUAACGUUCAUGAUCUGCACAUAUGGCGGUUGACGACAUCCGAUGUAAUAGCAACUCUCCACGUGAUUCUCUUCUCACCAGAUGUCUACUCAAAGAUCGAAAGCAGGCUGAAAGACUUCUUUUUAAAAGAAGGAAUCUGUUCGGUGACCUUACAGCCGGAAUUUCCUAACGUGAGCUUUUUCUCAUAAACUCAUAAACUUUCUCUCAUUCAUGUAAACACCGUUUUUACUGGAGAGGAAGAUACUGGAAUAGGACGAUUUUAAUUUUGAA